AUUGUGGCGGACGUGUGUGGCGAACGAAUAACGAAGUAACAAAAACGGGUAAAUAAUGCUUAAUUCGGGAAAUUGCGCGUCGCGUGUUGGCGCCCCAAACCUCGGCUAGUUCGUUCGCUUCGAAAUUAUGUGCGCGAAAUCGAGGGAAACUUUAAUAAAUAGUUUGUAAACAUACGGAUACACGUCGGGUUCCUCAAAGAUGGCUGGACUUUGAGAAAAUCAUUGUCUGCGGAUCAGCAUGCGAGUGAAUCGUUUCAAGGGAGGAAGGAGGUUAGACAGGGAACGCAUGACAUGUUCAUCCAAUCCCAGCAGUUCGCCAAAAGUAGCAGCGGCAACAUCGCAGUGCAACCGAAAAAACGCAAAGCGGACCAUAUUUUCGGCGAUUGUGGCGACAUCUCUUACGGAGGUCUCGGCGAAUUCGCAGUGACCGAGUCGCGCAACCCGCAAAACACCAGUUCUGUCGCCGCCGCAGGCGGUCAUGUUAGUCCAAAGGGGCAACAGUCCGUCGUGUGUACAUCGACAGCUAAACUUUUAGACACGUACCAACGCUGUGGCCAGAAGCGUAAGACUUGGUCACCAAAAGGUAAUGGUGACAUCGGCUGCGGCGACAAGAGCUGUCCCACGGUCGUCACCACACAAAACUGUACCACAAAUUUCGUCGUUCCUUCGUCCAGCGUCACGACGGCCCAUAGCAAAGUCACAGCGGCUCAGGGGGCGACUAACCCCCAGCCGCAAGGUAAGAAAAAAUGCUCCGGGAGCGGAGCAGACGGCGACUACCAGCUCGUCCAACACGAAGUGCUCUACUCGAUGACCAAUCAGUACGAAGUUUUGGAGUUUCUCGGCAGGGGAACCUUCGGUCAGGUGGUCAAGUGCUGGAAGAAAGGAACCAAUGAGAUUGUGGCGAUCAAAAUUCUCAAAAAUCACCCGUCGUACGCGCGACAGGGCCAGAUCGAAGUGAGCAUCCUGUCGAGGCUGAGCCAGGAGAAUGCGGACGAAUUUAAUUUUGUGCGGGCGUACGAGUGCUUCCCGCACAAGACGCACACGUGUCUCGUAUUCGAAAUGCUCGAGCAGAAUCUGUACGAUUUCCUCAAGCAGAACAAGUUUAGUCCCCUACCGCUCAAAUACAUCAGGCCGAUUUUACAACAGGUCCUGACGGCGUUGCUAAAACUUAAGCAAUUGGGUUUGAUCCACGCGGACCUGAAACCGGAAAACAUAAUGCUCGUCGACCCGGUAAGGCAGCCCUACCGGGUCAAGGUAAUCGAUUUCGGUUCGGCCAGUCACGUGAGCAAGGCGGUGUGCAACACUUACCUCCAAUCGAGAUACUAUCGGGCACCCGAGAUCAUCCUCGGGUUGCCGUUUUGCGAGGCAAUCGACAUGUGGUCGCUGGGUUGCGUGGUCGCCGAGUUAUUCCUCGGGUGGCCCUUGUAUCCAGGUUCGUCCGAGUACGACCAAAUACGAUACAUAAGUCAGACGCAGGGCCUGCCGACCGAGCACAUGCUCAACAACGCGUCGAAAACGACCAAGUUCUUCUAUCGGGACAUGGACAGCACGUAUCCGUUUUGGCGACUGAAAACGCCCGAAGAACACGAGGCGGAAACGAGCAUCAAAUCGAAGGAGGCGCGCAAGUACAUCUUCAAUUGUUUGGACGAUAUCGGACAGGUCAACGUGCCCACCGAUCUGGAAGGCGGGCAGCUUUUGGCGGAGAAGGUGGACCGGAAGGAGUUCAUCGAUCUGCUGAAAAGGAUGCUCACCAUGGACCAGGUAGAGAGACGAACGACACCUGGGGAAGCUCUCAAUCAUCCGUUCGUUCGGUUGGCCCAUCUGAUCGACUACGCCCAUUGCAACAACGUGAAGGCGAGCGUGCAAAUGAUGGAGGUGUGCCGAAGGAACGAUUUCGCCAACGCGGCUUCCGCCACCCAUCACCAGCCCGCCCAGCAGCCGCCGUCUUUGGUCGCCAAUUUCGUGCCCAGCUCAAACGGAAACGUGACGUUCACCAUCAACAAUCAGCUGACUAACCAAGUGCAACGGUUGGUGAGGGACAGGUCCGGAUACGAUAAUUUGUAUCAAAUCUACAACGGUAGAACGGUGGGUAGACAGUACACAACGGGAGCUAGAGCGGACCCAUUCCAACACCAAUUGGUGUCUAGCAUUUUGUGCCCCGCCAGUUACCAAGGUAUGGGCGGUUCGCCGGCCAAACACGUCACCGUGGUCCAGCAGCCCCCACUACAGAUCCAGCCUCCCAUUUUGAGCCAGCCGGGUCAGCAACAGUACGUCCCCGUUAGUGUGGUCGAGCCAACCGGUCGGCAGAUGCUUCUCACGAACUAUUUGCAGAACGCGGUCCAGACCACCUGGCCGACCAAUCGUCAACAGAUGGCGAUAGUGCCGUCGUGGCAGCAAAUCCCUCCGCAACACGCGGCCAUCCAACAACCGUUGCUCUCCGAAGCCGAAUGGGCUCGUCCCGUUUUGGUCGACUCGUCCGCCCUUUUGCAAGAACAGAGGCCCGUUUUUCCGGUGGACGUGGCCGCCGAAGUUUAUAACCCGGCCAUCGUCGAACACGCGGGCGGGUCUUGGACGACGAGCAAACGGAACUCUAGGAAUCACCACGGGCAACACGCCGCUCCGCACCACAACCACCAUCACCUGAUGGUUCCCGCGACCCACCAUCGCUCCCAUCACGACAAAAAGGAGCAAACCCAGCUCAGUCCCGUCAAGAAGCGAGUCAAAGAGGGCACCCCGCCCUCCGAGCAACACAUCUACAAUUCGGCCGGCGGCGGCAGAAGGAACCACGGUCUCAUGGUAGACGAGUCUUGGCAGCAGCAGGCCCACCAUCAGGUAACGUCCCAGGAGAACCAUACCCAAACCUACAACAACUACCACCAUCACCACCACCACCACGGUGCCGUCGAUAAACAGCAUACCAUAAUGAUAAACGACACCCCGUCACCCGCCGUCUCCGUCAUCACCAUAUCGGAUAGCGAGGACGAGGUGUCGACCAAUAAAAAAGCGAUCCAAACGAACGCGGUGGUUCAGUCGCCGAACCAGGCGGCCCGACAACAGCAAAACAUUAACAGAAAGAACGUCAUCAGUUGCGUUAGCGUGCACGAGUGUAGCGACAACGAGGAAGCGAACUCAUCCAAGCAGCAGCAGCAGCAGCAAAUCUACAACCCGGUCAUCAAGAACGAGCCCAACUGUCAGAGCACUCCCAACUACACCUCCCAGAAGAAGCGUCUGCUGGCCAAAGCCCAAUCCGAGUGCAUGCUGAACGUCGCUACCAAACAGGAACCUGGUACGGCGGAAUACUACAGUCAGCAUUGCGGUUCGGCCUGCAAAGAACCAUUGGCUCAGCCGCAGUACCAAUAUGCCGGAGGUUUGAGUCACGAGCAGCAGAACUACGCGAGCGGGAACGACAAGAGGGUGUCUUGGGCUCCCCCGGUCGCCCACAAUACCAGUUCCAGCAGUCACUCGAGACGUCACUCGGCAGUGCCUGUGGUGAGCCUACGUGAAUACAACAUACCGGUGACGCAGGCUCACCACGAGUACGUCCAGCCUCCAGCUGCCCACACGAACCGCGACUCCGGUAGGGAACAGCACUUGUUGGCACCCGGCAAGUCUUGGGGACCGCCGCAAGCGAUAGCGCAGACUUACAGUUUUCGCAGACACAGCAAUUCGCAUCUGUCGCCCCAACCGUUGGCGGCGGCGCCGCGCCUCUCGCCUCAGCAUCCGCUCGCUGCCGCCGGCCAGCCUCUUUAUCAUCAAACCGAGCUGUACCGUCGUCCCGUCUACGUCACAACGACCCAACCGGCAUAUUUACCGGCCACUCACCAGGUGGCGCCGGCCGGCAGAGCGUUACCUCCGCCCGCUCACCACUCGAGCGCGAGGCCCGUUCUCGCCACUCACCCGAGCCACCCGUUGCCGGCCCACCUUCAGUUCCCAUCGCACGCGCAGGUAGCGGCCGCCUCGUACGGCUUCGCCCCCGUCAGCCCCGCCAAAUCUCACCAGUACCAGCCGGCCAGCCUUUGGUUCGCCGAAUAGUACUACUGGACCGUCGGAACAGCUCAACGUUUGGAGUUCGUCGCGUGAAAAUUAGUAUAUACGUAUUUGGUUUGUGUUUUGUAAGGUGUGUUGGGCGAGUGCCUGUGACAGUUCCGUCGUUUUUCGCCCCGAAGUAAUUUAAGGUCCCGACGAUUUGUUCCUACGGGUGGUCUGCGUGGUAUGAAAUAUCAAGUGUCUUGGCGCAACUAAUAUUUUAUUGCAACCACUACAAGAUAUUCGUACCACAUGCCUUAGUGUCAGUUCUCUAAGAUACUAGAUAUGUCGUAACAUUUACCUUGAUAUCAGAUAAUGCUAGAUAUUUAAUAGAACUGACGCAAAGGUACAUAGUAUGAAAUAUCUAGAAUAUCUUAGUACAACUACCACAAGAUACUGAAUAUUUCUUUCUACAUACCUCAGUUCCAGCGAUCUAAAGUACUAGAUAUUUUAUAACACUUACCUUAGUGUCAGUCGAACUAUUAGAUAUUUAGUAGAACUGGCGCUAAGGUACUUAGUAUGAAAUAUCUAAAAUAUCUAGGUACAAUCACAACGAGAUACUAAAUAUUUCUUACUACAUAUCUUAAUAUCAGUGGUAUUAAGAUAUUUUACAGAUUUCAUACCACUUUCCUUAGUGUUGGUUGUACUAAGAUACUAUUAGAUAUUUAGUAGAACUGAUGCUAAGGUAUGUAGUGUAAAAUAUCUUAAUGCAUCUACCACAAGAUACUAAAUAUUUCUUUCUAUAUAUAUAUACCUUAGUGUCAGGUGACCAAGAUACUAGAUAUUUCAUAAAAUGUUCCUUGGUGUCGAUUAUACCAAGAUACCAGUACCAGUUGUCAGAACUGACGCUAAGGUAUGUAGUAUUAAAUAUCUAAAAAUCUAGGUACAAUCAGCACAAGAUAUUAAAUAUUUCUUACUACAUACCUUAAUAUCAGUUAUACGAAGAUAUCCUAGAGAUUUCAUGUCACUUACCUUAGUGUCAGUUGUACUAAAAUAGUAUUAGGUAUUUAGUAGAACUGAUGCUAAGGUACGUAGUAUGAAAUGUCAAAAAUCUCUUGGUACAAUUACCACAAGAUACUAGAUAUUUCACAGCACAUACCUUAGCGUCAAUUGUACUAAAUAUCUAGUAUCUUAGUACAUCCAAUAUCUUGUUUCAACUACAAACAGAUACUAGACAUUUCCUACGACAUACCUUAGUGUCAGUUGAACUUAAGGUACUAAAUAAAAAAAAAAGAAUAAUUUACGUAAUUUUCGGACGAACUGUCACAGUAGAAUACUUAAAAGAAUUAAUUUUUUUUAACAAUUACUGUUAGUGUUUAGUGCUUCGAUGAGCUUCUAUCUAAAAUUUCAUUUGAAUUUUAAACAACGGGGCGAGGAAACCUUAAAGUUUCGUUUAAAUUCCGUUUCGAUCGGUCGCGAAAUGUUUCGGUGUCUUUCGGUUUUCAGUUUUGUUUGUUUUUUUUUUUUUUUUUUUUUUUGUAAAUAGAAACGGAAGUUUCGCUAUUUAUUAAACGGUAAGGUAACUUUAGAAGGGAUUUAAUUAUUUGCUUUAACUGUUCAUAUACUGCCUUUCGUAUCGAUCGUCACUAGUCAGGACGGGCGGUGACGUUAGGGUCUUUAGUCAAUAGAUUUAAUCAUUUCCUCCUUGUACAUAUAUUUAUUUUUCUCUCUCGUUUUCGUGUGUUGCAAAUUUUGCAAAUGUGCAUUUUAAUUUCGACGACGGUUUUGAAACUAACCGACCCUCGACGAAGAUCCUUACAAUGUCAGUUUGUGCUGUAGGUUUUAUCGAGAUUGUUUAUUCGUAUUAUUUAUAAGGUAACAUACGCGAAAACUAAACAAACUCUUGUCCGUUUGUUCUUGUUAAGUUUUAUUAUUAAUCACGUUCGUGUGUAGUGUAGAAGUGAGUUUUAUAAUUGUUACGCGCUUCGUUUUCAUUUCUAUUGUCGCACCCAUAAACGGAAUUUAGGUAAAAACUUUUUGUAUGAAAGUUGCAUCGUUUUUUUUUUUGCUCCGUUAAAAAAAAAAACAGUUUCUAGUACUCACUCAAAUUAACAUAAGAACCAAUAAAAUCGUCUAGAAUUUCGUCAAUGAACCUGACAUUAGUGAAAGAGCGCCUUCGAACGAUGUACAACUCUCUGUACAGCCCUCAGCAUAACAGGAAACCCUGGGACCGAAGGUUCAUUCUGCAAAACUUUUGCCAUGGUAAUUCGUUUUCACUCUGGUAUUGAUGGUCCCUGGCAACCCUAUGACGUCUAAGAAACUCUCCAAAUUGGCAUCUCUUUGAUAGGGAAUUAUAACUUUGGGCAACAUAUCGCUCGCUUCUGUACAGUUCUAUUUGAUACCUCUGUUCAACAUAUCACUCGCCUCUUCUGUAUAGUGCUAUUUGAUAACUUUGGGCAACAUAUCGCUCACUUUUUCUGUACAGAGUUAUAUAUAACGGUCGCUUCUGCGCAGUGCUCUUUGAUACUGGACGAUAACUUUGUUCAAUAUAUCGCUUACUUCUUUCUAUUUGAUAACUUUGGGUGAUAUCGCUCGCUUCUUCUGUACAACAAGGCUAUUUGAUCACUUUGGACAAUAUCGCUCGCCUCUUCUGUAUAGGGCUAUUUGAUAACUUUGUCCGAUAUCGCUCUCUGUACAGCGAGCGAUAUCGCCCAAAGUUAUCGAUAGCCCUGUGGCUAUUUGAUCACUUUGGACAAUAUCGCCCUUUUUUUCGGCACAGUGCCAUUUGAUACUGGUUGAUAACUUUGUUCAACAUAUUGCUCGCUUCUUCUGUACAGGUCUAUUUGAUCACUUUGGACGAUAUCGCCCGCUUCUUCUGUACAGGGUUAUUCGGUAACUCGCCUCUUCUGUACAGGGCUAUUUGAUAACUUUGGGCGACAUAUCGCUCACGUUUUCUGUACAGUUCUAUUUUAUAGCUUUGGACCACAUAACGCUCGCUUCUGCGCAGUGCUCUUUGAUGCUAUAUGAUAACUUUGUGCAAUAAAUCCCUGGCAAGACUAUUUGAUAAUGCAUAAUUAUUUUGUUCGACAUAUCGCUCGCUUCUGCACGGCGCUAUUUGAUACCGGAUGAUAACUUGGGGCAACAUGUCGCUCGCUUGUGCAAUUUAUUUUUUAAUUUUUUAGUAAUUGUUUUAAAAUAUAUUUCAGGUGUGAACGUUUUCAUCAAACGUUUUUCUAAAAAAAAUACCGUGCAAGUUUUAUGUAAAAAGUUUUUGGCUAUCUUAUUAAUAAACCCCUGGAGGUGUCGAAAUAUAAACGGAAACGCCGCGUGUCACAACCCUCGAGGCUCACGCCACUGUAAUGUAUAUUGUGUGGAACAGAUCGCCUGAAAACACUAACUAUUUCGUAAUUUUUUUUUAAAUAUAAUUAAUUUCUUUUAUAUAGUUUUUAUCUCGGAUUAGUGUUUAUGUUGGUAACCUAAACGUCAAAUAUCAGUCGACGCGUCAUAAGAGAUCCUCGAGGUUGGAGGUUUUUUGUUCGCGAGGCAGUAUUUCUAGAAUCCUUUAAAGUGACAUUUGAUGAGUUAAAAUGAAGAAGGAAAAAGAUCAAAACGCGUGCCUGCUUACGCUGUCGAGGGAAGUUUUCGCCACAUUUCCAAAAAAAAUCGUAGGUAACAUGUCAAAGUAGCGUUUUCUUUUUUAGUUUAUCGAUUAUCUAUUUGUUAGGUAGGUGGGAAUUAACGUUAGAUUAACGAAGUCCCGCCUCCGGCGGUGGCGGGGGCGGGUUCAAAUAUUGUAUUGCAUUAGACUUAUAUCAACAUAACAAUUUGAUGUGCCUGUAUCUAAGUAAAAAAAUAAACACCCUUUUUCCUCUGUACACUCUAUAUGUAUAUGUUCGAUAUGAAGUUAUUAUUCAAAAUAUUCGGCACUUAGCUGUUUUUAAAGUGUUUUCCAGCAGGAAAAUAUUCCGCGUCAAUAGAGAUAACAGCAAAAAUUAUAGUUGUGAUAUUUGUAAUAUAAUUGUAGGGUAAUCCUUUAAGAACUUUGAAGUUGAUAGAUACUUUUUUUUUUAGUCGAAGCUAUGGUAGGUGUGUCUAUGUGAACACUAGGCCGGGCUAAAAAAAUCCACCAUUUUGAUUUAAAACGUAUGUAUGUCGUAGAAGUUGGACCUCUUAAUAUCAAUAUUAACAGCCGACGGAUCGAAUAAAUUUUCGUAAUAAGUCGAUUUUUUUUUCAUGUCGGAUUUUUUUUAACUAACAAACUGCUCAAUGUGCAAAAAAGGUAUUGAUUUUUAAUGCUCAACAAGAAAGGUAAUAUUUCUUAGUAAAGUUACACUUUAAAUACACAAAAAUACUUUGAAAAAUACAAUUUUUACGUGGUGUUACUAUUGAAAAAUAUUGAUCCAGUAAUUUGAUAAAAACAUUUACACAUCGGUCAUGCUAAUUUACAAUAUUUUACACAUUAGUAAUAUUAAUUUCCUAAAUUAGUAUUACUAAUGUGUAAAAUAUUUAUUUACAUUAUUCCACAUUUUAGUGGUACUGGCAAUUUGAAAUAAUUGUAAAUUAAUAUUUUUAAUUUGUAAAAUGUUAUUUUUAAAAUUAUUUUUAGCGAUUUUACACAUUAAUAACAGCAAUUUACAAUAUUUGACACAUUAGUGAAAUUUAUUUACAAUAUUUUUCAAAUUGGUAACACUAAUUUACAUUUACCAUAUUAGUAUUACUGGUAAGUGGUAAUAAUUGUAAAUAAAUAUUAUUACUGUGUAAAAUAUCUCAAAUUAGUAUUACUAAUGCGAGAGUAAUUAUUGACAUUUUAAUAAAUUUCAAAAAUAAAGUAACAUAAUUGUUAUUUUUAUAGUUAUUUUUAGGAAUUUUACACAUUAGUAAAUGCAAUUUUUAUUAAACACAUCAGUAAUAUUUAUUUACAAGAUUUUAAACAUUGAUAACACUAAUUUACGUUAUUUGGCACAUUAGUAAUGAGUGAUAAUGAGUAAUAAUUUUCAAUAGUUAAAAAGAUGUUUUUGGGGAUUUUAGACAUUAGCAAGAGUAAUUUACACUAUUUUACACAUUUGUAAUACUAAUUUGCAUCAUUUUACAUAUCAGCAAUACUGGUACGUAGUAAUAGUUGUAGAUUAAUAUUACUAAUGUGUGAAAUGUUGUAAAUUACUGUUACUAUUUUGUAAAUUGUGGCGAAUAACUAAUUUUUAAUCAUAAAACCGUACAAUUGAUAUUUUUAAAAUUACUUUUAGGCGUUUUACAUAUUAGUAAUACUAAUUUAAAAUAUUUAUUUGGAAUAUAUUACGCGUUAGUAAUACUAAUUUACAAUAUUUUACAUAUUAGUACUUACGAAUGUGUAAGAUAUUGUAAAUAAAUAAUAAUAAAAAUAUACUGAGAAAAAAGGAGGUUAAAAAAAAUAACGAAAGUACAAACGACAGAUCAUGAUGUACUGAAUUUGUUUAUCGGCGUGUUUUUCAUUAAAAAAAAAAUGGUGGAUUUUUUUAGCCCGCCCUCUCGUCGAAUUUAUUAAAAGCAAACUUUCAUUGUAGUAGGGGUGCGUAUGUACCCGUUAGAAUUUUAAUCGUUAAACAAUACGAUAUAUAAAUAUAAAUAUAUAUAUAUAUAAAUAUAUGUGUAUAAAGGAUAUUUUUGGAUUUACCUUAGGAUAUUAGUGUUGGGGUGCGGGGUGUGAUUUUCUCAUAAACCGAAAAUUCAAGUUCGUUUCGCGUUAUGUUUAUUUUACAAAGUUCCUCUUACUAGCGUGUUAUUCAGAUUUGUAAAUAUUUUUCAUAGCGGACGCCGAUUCGAAUAUCUUUUAUUUCUGUGAUCGUAUGGGAAAAAAAAAUCAAUUUGUGUACAUAUUUAGUCGGAUAGGAGUGCACGGAAUUGUUUGGACUGCGAGGAAUAUUUCGAUUUGGACUUUCGUUGCGUGUUUUUUGCGAUUAUUUGGGUCCGAACAUUUUCCAACCCUUUCCGUAUACAGAACUUAGAUAAUAAUCGAAGCCUUAUAUUAAGAACAAUAUUCUUAGUGAUUAUCGAAAGUGGUGUGCCGGAUGCACCCGUUAGUUUUAAAUUUUUUAACGACGGCUCGUGUCCUUGACUGUCAAAAAAAAAUGUGUUUUUUUUUUUUUUUUUUUUUGGAGAGAAGCAAGAACUUAUCAAGCGAAAUGACGUAGAGUACAGGCGAUUUGACGUUUGAAAAAAAGUAUAGUCGUUAUUCACUGUUGCUAUAUCGAGUUUUUCACUUUAUGUACGAGGUGCGGUCAAAAAAUAUUGUUACAUCGUUUUAUUGCAUUUUUUUGAAAAUCUGGCUUGAAAAAAUCAUACUCUACUCUACAUACGGUGAAAGUUGUGGUUAGUAGGAUAAUUGGGAAGCGCGUUGAAAAAAAUUUUUUUUGGAAUUUCUAAAAAGUAAGCAAAAAAUAUAAGUCAGCGCGUUUUAUCCGGUUCCUCCGCGAGAGAGAAAAAGUAUACUGCUUAUUAAGCAAAAUGACGCGUGGUCCCGAAAGUGUAAUUUUUCCGUUUUGUUACAGUUCGACGUUUUAACAUUUUCGAAUUUUUCUAAAAUGCAAUAUUUUUUAUUGCUUUUUCUCAAAAAUCUAUUAAUUUUUUGUACUUUUACCCGUUAUCGGUGAACGUUGUGGGCAGUUACUUUUAAGUUUACUACGAGGCGCGUUGAAAAAGUUUCUUUUUCUAAUUUCCGUUUUUCUCCAAAUCCUAAUAUUUGCUUGAUGGAAAACAUCUUACUUUUAUUUUUUGUAAGCAGUUAAUUUUAUAUUUCUCAAAAAUAAUAAGUGGACUGUCAAAAGGGAAGAAAAACUGUUCACUAGGUCAAAUGACAAAGUAUACGAGGCGUAGUAGAAAAAUGUAAUUUUUAAAAUUUCGAUUUUUUCUGAUCUACAAUAUUUUUUAUUGCUUUUACUCGAAAAUCUAGGAAUUCUUUGGGUAAAAAAAAUCUUUCUUUUAAUUUUUAAUGUUAAAGAUUGUGAGCAGUUCAUUUUACGUUCCCUACGAGAGGCGAUAUUUUUCAAAAAUUAUAAGUAAUAUAAGCAAUGGACUGUCAAACUACGGAAAAGGGGCAUUUAUAACCGGUACCUCUGUGAGAGAAAAAAAACUGCUUAUUGAGCAAGGUGUACAGUGAAUACUUAUCAAAAAAGUAUAAUUUUUCUCUUUUUUAUGCCGCAGAAUUUUCCAAUUUUUCUGACCUUUUUUUAUUGCUUUGUCUCAAAAAUCUAAUAUUGUUUUGCAGCACUUCUAGGCGAAUAAACACUUAAAAAAGCUUAAUGCUUAAAAACCAAAAGUUUAUUUUUUACUUUCUCAAAAACAAAGCAAGGAUAUGCUUGUUGAUUCGUAGCUGUCAGUUUUGAGACUUGAAAGCGAUUUUCUAUUUUUUUUAGAACGUUGAAAAUGAAAAUAAAAAAAAUUGUGCCUGAAACAAAAAACAAUAAUAAAGAAGACCAUAAAGUGUACGCGCAAGCACUGUGAAAUGUUUAAAUUCUCGAAAUUUAUGUGAUUUUUUUUGUACAUAAUUUUACCUAUUUUAGAUGGUUGUUAGCUUUCUUUAAGUUCCUUUCUCUAAAUAAAUAAUAGGAUCCCUUCCUUUUUCGUAUAAUUGCAUUAAGCCAAUUUUUCUUUCUAAAAUAUCUUCAAAAUUAAGUUGUCCUUUUUGAUCGCUCCCCGUAUACAAAAUGAACGCAUCGAAACACCGUUUGGGCAAAAAACCCAAAAAAAAGUUCAGUUUUAAACAAUUCAAAUCGAAAGUACGUAGCGAGAGGAAAAUUUAUGGACAUCCGAGGACACGAAGCAUGUAUUUUUCAAACAUUUGCUCCCGUUCUAUUGGAAUCUUGCACAGGGUUAAAAAUGUAAUUAUGUAACGGUAACAGCGAAUUAGUACGUAGUACUAGUACUGAGCAAUUUCGCUUUUUUUAUAUAUAUAUACGUAUAUUGUCGCUUUAUCUUUUGAAAACUGUAGUGUUUUAACGUCCUUUUCCGAAACUGAUUUUGAUUUUUCAGGUAAAUAAAACUGCCUUCGGAGUUCAAAUAUCAAAAUGUAAAGCACAAUAAAUAUUAUUACCUCAUGUCGUAUAAAAAAAAUGUAGAUCUCUUCUUCUUUUUUUUUUUUUGGAAUGCUUGUCUGUCGAUUUUUCGUGAAGGGAAAGGUAAUGUCAAAUAUCAAAAUAUUUUAUUGGGUCUUAUGCUUUAUUAGCCGUUAGGGGUUGGUUAUUAUGUUAGUUACCAAUAUAUUGUUGCGCUUGAUAUCUAACCAUUUCUAGGUUACGUUUUUUUAGUUCUGCAAAUUUUUAAGGAACCUGCAAUGAUGUAAGCUGGUCCCAAACCUAUAUAAGAUUUUUACUAUCAAUUUAAAGGCUGCACUACACGUUAGAACGGAAAAGUAGGCCAGGAAACUUGGAUCGACGAUAUAUUCAAAAUGGCGUUAUUCAUCGUAAAAUUAAUACUCUUAGUGGGCGGUGACCCAUAUAAAUGUGAAUCGUUUCUAAGGAAUUCGCCAAGAACGCUUUCAAAUGAUGUAUCACAUAACGUAUUUAUCAUCCUUCUUAAGUUCACAGAUGCAAAAUUUUGUUUUUUGUUAUAGUAGGCCAUGAUCGUUUUCGACUGACAUUCUUGACAGUUCGUUGAUUCAACAUUGAAAAGUCAAUAACGUAAAAAUUGAAACGUCAUAACAUCGUCUGUAUUAGGUUGAUACACGUAAGAUAAAAGUCGAUUGUGCAGACCACUACACUACCUACCGUUCUUAUUCUCGAAAGAAAAUUAUGAUAAGUGCGUCAUACGAUGCAUCAUUAAGAGCUUUAGCUUUAGAAAGAAGGAAAAAAUUCUGUUUUCCUUUAUGGGCCUUUGGGCUCUACCGACAAAAAUAGUUUUUAUAUUUUAUCGAAGAUUUUUUUUAACCAAUAUUAUUCGGAAUUGCGCAUCAGCUGACUACGGUGUUGCCAUCGGUUGCGAAGGGGAUCCAAGUUCAGAACUGGCAACCAUGUAGAAAUAAUGUAGCUUGUGACGCGGAAAAUAUUAUUUUUGAUUGCCAGCCUUCUAGGAGUGUUAAUUGUAUGGUUUUCAUUCUAUAAAUGAUUGCGUCGAUGCCGUGUGGAGGGCUUACGUUUCCUAGAGAUAACUGUUAUUAUAUUAUUAGUGUUUACACAAGACUGGUGUAGAAUCAUGUCAAUAUAUAAAUAGAUAGUUAUAGGUAGUGGCAAAAAUUAAACACCUAGUUUAAUUGGUGAUAGGCUAUAUAUUAGUAGACAUUGUAUAUUAUUAUUAUUAUUAUUAUUAACUAAAAAGUGACUGUGGAUUGUCAAGAGAGUUUUUUAUAGAGUUUACUUUACCGUGUUGGAUUUGUCGGGCUCGAAUGAACUUGCGUUAAAAAAUAGUACAAAUUGUAAAAUAUUGUUUCGAAACAUCGGUCGGCGUUUUAACUUUAAAAAAGUGUAAAAUCAUUUCAGGCGACAAAUCCGUCGGUACUUGUAUUUUUGAAUAUAUUAUUUGAUAAAUAUAUAUAUAUAUAUAUAUAUAUACCAUGGGUGAUUAAUAAUUUUAGUUGUUAGUACAAAUUUAGUGCGCGAUUAACACAUUAAUAGCAGUUUUGAGUAAUAUCCGUGCACAGGUUGUAACCGAUUUGCGUUCGAUGGUAGUAAUAUACGGGGUAUUCGGAAAUAACGUUCUAAGAAUUUGACGUGAAGUAAUGAAAAAAAUUUUCAAGAUAUUAUUAUAUAAAAUAUUUAAGAUUUUCAUCGGUUUUUUAUUAAUAUCUUUUAAUAACGGGCAUCCAGAUUCCUUGGAAUAUUCGUAGUUUUAAAGAUACCGAUAAAAUAUCUAUUAUUUUUUUAGAAAACGAUCAAAGAUACCCAAAAAAAUUUACAAAUAAAAAAGUUACAAUUUUAGUUGCUCAAUUUGAAGAUAUUCCUGACUCAAUUAGUGUCUUUAAUAACCGUUGUCUAGAUUCCUUGGAAUGUCGGUCAGAUUUAAAGAUACUAAUAAAAGAUCGAUUCGAAUUUUAUGGCGAUUAGCGAUCGCAAUAAAUUGCUUUGUUUUUCGCGAAAACUAUUCUCGAUUCGGAAAAAAAAUAAAGUCAAAAAAGUUGCAUUUUUAGUCGCUCAGAAAAAAAAAUGAAAAAGUCAGUGUCGAACUUUUUUUGUCUUGGUUUUCGAGAAAUGCGAUAUUCAAGAUUUUAGUUAUAUUUUUUUUAUUAGUAUCUUUAAUACCCGUUGUCCAGAUUCCUUGGAAUGUUGGCCAGUUUUAGAGAUACAAGUAAGAAAUCUCUUAGAAUUUUAUGCCAAUUGACACGCAAAAAAUUGUUUUUUUAUCUCGAGAACAAUAUGAGACAAAAAAUAAAACAGUUGCAUUUUUAAAUUGGUAUAAAAAGUCAGUGGCGGACAUUUUUAUUUAAUUAAUAUCUUUAAUAACCGUUGUCCAGAUUCCUCGGCUGGGAGUGGCGGUCGGGUUUUAAAUUGCCUUUGUAUCUCGAAGAAUAAGCGAGAUACAUUGCAUUAGUAGUUGCUCAAUUUGAAUGAAAGUAAUAAAAUUAGUAAAAAAGUUCAGUGGCGCACAUUUUUUUGUCAUCGUUUUCGAUAUAUAAGAUAUUCCAGAUUAUAAUCGUUUUUUUCAAUUAAUAUACUUAAUAACGUUUGUCUGGAUUCCUGGGAAUGUCGGCCAGUUUUAAAGAUACUAAUAAGAAAAUCGAUUAGAAUUUUAUGCCGAUUAGUGAUCGCAAAUAAAUUGCUUUGUUUUUCGCGAAAACUAUUCUCGAUACGAAAAAAGUAAAAAAAGUUGCAUUUUUAGUUGCUCAUUUUGGGGAAAAAAAUGAAAAAGUCAGUGGCGCACUUUUUUUUUGUCUUCGUUUUUGAGAUAUGAUAUUCAAGACGAUGAUCUUUAAUAACCGUUUUCUAGAUUCCGUGGGAAAAAGUUGCAUUUUUAAAUUGGUAUAAAAAAUCAGUUGCGCACAUUAUUUUUACGUAAAUUAUUCGAACGUUAUUUCCACACGCGCCAUUGUUUUUUCUCGUGUAAUCGCUUUGAAAACCUUUCCACUCAAAAAAAAAUUAAUACGGAUUUUUAGACAAUCUUAGAGUUUUUAACAUUCAUAUAUUUAGCAUGCUUUAGUGGUGGAUCUUAAUGAUGUACGCUAUAUCGAUUCUUAUCCACUUUUUACUACGAUCUAGGGUUUUUCAAAUUAAAGAGAGCAAAACAAAAAACGUUUACAAGGUAUCUAACUAUAUCUUUCAUCGAUUACUAGCGUUAGUGUUGUUAGAUUUUGGUCCCAAAAAGUCCGGACGCAUUGCUUACUGCUAAUGGUCAAUAUUUUGUAAAUCCCCGACGUUUGUUUCAAAUACGGUCGGAAUUGUCACCAUAAGAACGGCCGAAAUGAACAAAUGACGAUGACAUUUGUGAUUUAUUCAUUCCGAAGCCGUCAAUAUCGACGAGCCCCGAAAAGGUCUCGACUUCCUAACGGUAUUUCUAAAAACGUAACAUUAGCAGGGUACAUUAAUAAUGUAAUACGAACUUUUGUGAUUAUUUAAAACGUCCAGGCUCUUAUAAUUUCAUUUAGGCCGUACCAAAUUGACUGCACCCACUGACUGUAUCGAUAUUGACCUGCCACACGAAAACAAAACGUAGUCGGACCAAACAAUGUUUAACUGUGUUUUUAAUGUUCACGGUGUAUCGUCCUCGGUCCGGCCCUGGACCGUAUCGGGGCCGGACCCAGGAUCUCGAUGUGUUAAAACAAAUAUAAUAGCUACUAAAUGUGAUUGGGCCUGAACAAGUCGUAAAACUCAAUGUGUAACACUGUUGAUAUGCAUGUAACAUAGAUUUUGACAUUUGCGAAGCUUAAAAUAGUUUUUAAAGGAAUCUAGCAGCGCGACGGGCCCGCGAAUUUCGAAGGCUGGUAUCGGGGUUUCCAUGUUUGGUAUUCGGGCCGCUAAAUGUCACGGAAAUUGUUUAAUUGGAUUUAAUGUUGCCUUUUUGUCGAAGAAUAUAUAUAUUUAAAAACUUUACUAAUAUGUGCGUACACACACAUGUGGCCUAUCCUUAUAAAAAUCCCGCUUGGGUGUUUCUACGUAAAUAAAAAGUUUAUUCAA